CUGGCUGCCCCCGACGUGGCGGCAUGGGCUCGCGACCGAGAGGAGCUCUGUCGUACCUACCUGCGUGAAAAAUAUCCCAAACUGAACCACCACAGCACCAAGUCCACACUGGAUGAGUCAGCGAGUAUUCUUCAGCUGCAGCGGAAGCCCUCAAUAUCAGGCAGUCUUUCACUCUCCGCGGAAGAUCUGAUUAGAGUCUGCACGGAGUGGUUCCAUAACGAGCGGGUUCCGAAGACUGCCAGUGUUAUUACCGAGGCAGCAAUCAAUAGUGACUUGCCGGAGCCGCUGGGCGCUGGAAUCAAUGACCAGGCUAUGGCCGUGGAGAUCGAAUCCGUCCGUUCUUUCAGCGAUGAGCUUCCGAAGUCCGAGGAGCCGAUAAAAGAGGACGAGUCCCAGCCAUUAGCUGCCUCAGAUGCCUCUGUGGACGAAUCAACACCUGUAAUUGAUGCGGGCCUGGAACCUGUUGAUGAUGAUGCCAUUGGUGAACAGAAGGAGGCCUCCAUGGACCAACCGUCAAUGGAAUCUCCCGCCCAACCCUCGUUGAUCAAUGACGGUAGCACGUCCGUCGCGAUUGCUACGGCCGGCUCCGCGGAACUGGUUCCUCCGAACACACUGACGGCGGAGGUCUGCAUGAGUGGACGGUCUGUUGUGUCUGGUCAGAUGGAGGCUAUUCAUUCGGCCCUCAUUGCUCAUCCGGCCACCAUUUUCGUAGAACUGGAUGACUGUGAUUUUGGUAAUGCACCCGGUGUUCCCACACCGCUGAUGAUGAUGAAUCACCACAUGGGUCUGGCCUUUGAUCCUCCGGAGUUGGUGUUGGAUGAGGUGGCUCGUCGCCUUUUUGUCUGUCUUCUGGCUGGUCUCAAGACCUGGGCUUGCAACGGGGUCCACGUGGAGCUCGAUACGAUAAACGAACCCCGGGCUGAUCUCUACCGUCGAUUUGGUUUCUACCCUGUCUCGGCUGCAUCAACGGACUUUACCAGUGUCCUUGCUCGUCUUAUCUAA